CAGGUAGACGAUUUACCUGCACUUCAACGUUAUGAUAAAGUGUAUUACUUGAAGAGAAAUCAUAUAAAAAAUAUCACAGAAGAUAUCAAAAUGUCGAUUCCAAAGCUAGGAGCUGUCACUUUCUUUGACAAGUUCCUUGGGUUUAUGUUCAUACGUAAAACAGGAAGAGUCGAUGAGAAUUUUAUAGACCGAACCAACAGAUAUUACACUGUGAUAUUUCUGUCUUUCUACAAUCUCUACCUGAUGACUGAUGACUACAUCGGGAACCCAAUCUACUGCUGGUGCCCGGAUGAGUUCACGGAACAGGAAGUCAAAUACGUCCACAGUCUUUGUUAUGUAUCGAACACAUACUACAUCCCUUUCAAUCGGCAAAUUCCGUCAAACUUCGAGAUUCGUCGUGAAGAAUCGACUGAACUCGUGUAUUAUCAAUGGGUUCCAUUAAUUCUAUUUCUGAUGGCAUUUCUGUUGUUCCUUCCUCGUCUGAUAUGGAAGUUAUUGAUGCUUAAGGCUGGGAUGGAGCUCAAGAAAAUGUGUAUAGCAGCGAAAAAAACCAUUGACGUGUCUCCCGAGCAACGGGAAAAAGGAUUAACCAUCAUUGCGGGAUAUAUCGACUUAUUUUGCGCAAAUAUAAGUCGUUUCCGUGGCGGACCGUGUGCCUCUCUGAGAGAAAGUUUUAGCACAAAUUUCGUUUUUGGGUGUGGGAGACAUUACGGAAAUUAUUUCAUCUCGUGUAAAAUUUUACUUCGGUUUCUUUACUUCUGUGUCAGUUUUGGACUUCUUUUUUUCUUGAACGAGUUCUUAGGAAACAGAUUCUACAUCUACGGUUACGAAGUGAUCCGAGGAUUUCUAAGAGGAGAUGAUUGGACAGUGACCGAACGAUUUCCACGACAAACCUUGUGCGAUUUCGAUCUUCGACAAUUGAACAAUGUCCACCGAUGGACACUUCAGUGUGUACUACCUAUGAAUUUAUUCAACGAAAAGUUUUUUAUUAUACUUUGGUUUUGGUACACAAUGCUAACAUUUUUGAAUAUCUUAAACGUCUGUGUAACACUGUGUAUUGCUGUCUUUCCAUUCCAACGAAGCAAAUUCAUAAAGAAAUAUCUUCAAAUGGCGGGAAUAUAUGAAAGAAAUCAUCUUCAGAAAACUCGAAUAAAUCUGUUCAUACAUGGGCAUUUAAAACAGGAUGGCGUCUACAUAUUGAAGCAGAUUUCUGACAAUGCUAAUACCGUCAUUGUUCAGGAUAUUAUCGAAAAAAUGUGGAAACUGUUUCUUAAACGUUACGACCGCGCUGGACCCGAAGAGGACGAGAUUGUGGAACGCGAGAAUGGCCUUCCGCCCAAAGGAGAUGACAUGACUGAUGACCUCAUCACAGCGACGACGCCAUUGUUGGAGAGAAAUGGGAUUCUUAAACAUAUUCAGGAGGACGAAAUAAUGAGUCGGAACAACAAUGUUGAUAGACAUGUGUCGUUUGAUGAUCCGAAGGACACAUUUACCGAGUCAGAAGUGUGACACGGUCAGAGAAAAUUGCAGAACUAUUCCAAUGUAGUUGCUUAAGGUUCCUGUCCCACAGCACGGUGGUUUUUAGUAUGUGGAGUAACCUCCCUCUAGUUCGUUUUGGAUAAAACUGUAGUAGUACAGUUGGGUUAGAACUCUUCCGCUGACACAAUAGCUCUGUCCGUUAGAGCGAAAGGAUUACAAUCUGAAGUCCAGGCUCCGAAUUCUGGUCUAAUCCUACCGAAAUUAUAUUUUCUUUAUUUCAUCUUUAAUUAUUUUCAUAAACGUACCGCAAGGUAUGUUUGUUCUUCUUUCAAAAAUGAUUUAUCAAAGCUAUAGUCAUGCCAAACUUUUGGGCAGUGGUACGGGAAUCCUUAAACGUCAAUCAGAAGUGUGACACACAGUUUUAAAAAGUCACGUAUUUCGUCUUCACAGUCGCUAGGUCAAAGCUACUAAAAUAGUGUGAUGACUAAGACAAAAUAUUACACAUAUGUAAUAUACGUGCUCAGUUACUUAAAUACGAUGACCCACUACAGCCGUCACGGCAACUGCUUUAGAUAUUUUUUUUUGUCUAUUUGAUAGGUUAUUGUCACGACAACUGCUUCAGUAAACAACACUUGUCAGGAUAAAAUAUCCCUAUCAACUGCCUUACGAACGCAGUUCUUUUGUCACAUUCGGAUAGCCCAUGCCUUUUCUUUCUUUUGACAUGUAAGAUUCCAUACUGAUCACGUGUGAUAUGUAACACCGUACUGGUAUGCUCGCUAGGGGUUUAUUCGCAUAUCUCAUGCAUCCCUGUUCAACUUCCUCCUUAAGAGGUAUCAUAUAAAACAUGGUCUGGUCUGGUCUUAUUUAUAUUUUUUUUUCAUUGCUCAACAUGGUAUCGACCAGUAAAUGUCAAUGUGCCAAUAUCUAAUUAAAUUAAAUUAUUGAUAAGGUGGUCAAUUCAUUAUAAAUCUAGGUAGCCGUUUACUGAAUUAAAUUAUCUGAAACAAGUGAAUAUCUCAAAUACCUGGAAGAAGAUUGAGGGUAGCAGCAUUAAGAAGCACACACAGUGUUGAUACAAACCGCUACACCAUUAAAUCCCGACACAUUCCCUUUAAACUUUACACAGCAAAAAGAAUAGGUAGAAUGUUUGGUUGACUUGCAAUAUUAGUGAAGAUAAGCAGUUUGGUUAUCUUUCCGGUAUGACGGGAAAGAUUACGGAAUUGAGAAAAGAACAGGCACUGAUUCAAAAUGUUGCAGUGAUCAAUUACGUCACAGAAGGUUUAUUUUUUCUCUUAACCUGCAGGUGUUGAGGUAUGAAGGCAGGAAUGAUUUCAAAUUAUGAAUUAUCGUUACCGCUUUCGUUACUUUUGAAUCAAAAACAUGUUAUCACAAUUGCAUGUAGUGCAUUUGUAAAGCAAGCAAGUCGACUUAGCUGUAACAUAGGUUAAAUAUCACUGAUAACGGUAUACUUUGAGGAAAUACUAUUGGUCUUUUCAAAAUGAUAUAACUACCCAGAGCUAUUCUUAACCUUUAUGUUGAUGUGUUGUCGUAUUUCCUUUAACAUGUUUUCCCUUCCUUUUAUUGGUCCAAUUGAUCUUCUGUGUUGUUGGGCCGUUUGGAACACACUUAUUAUUGGUUUGGCGGUCUGUAUCAACAGGGAGUGAUGCCUGGUACUGCUACCCUGCUUCCUUCUAGGAGGUAUUGACAUUCCUCGCACUUUUCAGUUCAUAUCUUUAUUAACAAGAACUCAAGAACUGAUUGCUUUUGAUUUUUUUCUCCAAUGAUGCACUCUGUUUUGUAAGCGCCUAUUGUCGAUGGACCGUAAAACAGUACAAAACCAAUCAACAAUUGAGUCAGUCCUAAUGAUCCCAUCUGUCCUGUGUUACAUAUCACGCGUUAUCCGUACUUAAUGUUUAUUGUGUCAGAAUCAAGACGUUUACCGAAAUAGCUAAUAUGGACUUUUCGAAUGUGUGACAAAAGCAGUUGCCAGAGACAUUUUAUCCUGACAAGUGCUGUUUACUAAAGCAGUUACCAU